GUCACUCAAAUACUAUCACGGAAGGAGCAACAGCAUGGCUACAAGCGUGUGAGAGAAGGUGUUGUAGCUCAUCCUGGUUCAGUGUAGACCUGCACCAGUGUAGACUGUCCUGCGCACAGACGUGACCCAGACAGGACUAACCAGUCGGCCAUGUUGAGUGAGGGCAAGGCAGGAGAGCUCCUCUCAUUCCUGGGCACAGACACCCGCCCAGACGUGAAAAGCCACGCUACCGGCUACCUGCUGGGCCUCUCAGGAUCCAGGGAUGGCUGCCGCAGCCUCCGCUCCCAGCCCCAGCUCCUCCGCGCCCUCCGCGUCCUGACCUCCGACCCCUCCAUCGCCAUAGCGAAGGACUGCUUCCACGCCCUGGUCAACCUCUCUGCCGACGAGACGCUGCACCAGGUGCUGCUGUCGGACCAGGACUUCCUGCCGCCGCUGCUGCGUAACCUGUUCGACCCCUCCUUCCUGUUCUCGGACCGCGUGAGCACCAUCCUCACCAACCUGUCCCGGCACCGGCCCAGCUGCGGGCCGGUGCUGCAGGCCGUGCAGCGGCAGGAGGGGGGUCUGGCUGGGCUGGUGGAGCUCUUCUGCUCCGAGGGCCCCCAGCAGGCGGCCCCUCUGCACUACCUGGGGCCACUGCUGUCCAACCUCUCCCAGCUGCCCGAGACCAGGACCUUCCUACUGGACCAGGACAGGUGUGUGAUCCAGAGGCUCCUCCCCUACACGCAGCACGACUCCGCCAUCAGACGAGGGGGCGUGAUUGGUACACUGAGGAACUGCUGCUUUGACCACGCCCACCAUGAGUGGUUGCUAGGCGACGCGGUGGACAUCCUGCCCUUCCUGCUGCUCCCGCUGGCGGGGGGGGAGGAGCUUAGCGAGGAGGAGAACGAUGCGCUGCCCGCCGACCUGCAGUACCUGCCGGAGGACAAGCAGAGGGAGGACGACCCCGACCUGAGGACCAUGCUGCUGGAGACGCUGCUGCUGCUCACAGCCACCAAACAUGGCCGGCAGGUGAUGAAGGAUGUUUAUCCCAUCAUGAGAGAGUUCCACAAGUGGGAGAAGGAGCCUCAGGUGGUGUCAGCCUGUGAAAAGCUGGUCCAGGUGCUGAUUGGGGACGAGCCAGAUGAAGGGAUGGAGAACCUGAUGGAGGUGGAGAUCCCAGCAGAGGUGGAGGAGAAGCUGAAGGACGCAGAUAUUAAAGAGGAAGAGCAGAUGAAGAGAGAGGAGGAAGAACUGCAGAAAAAGCAAGCGGAGGAAGAGGAGCGAGAG